CGAGAAGGACCCCUUCAGUAUUGUUUACGUUUUCAUGCCAUUCAUUCAACCGAUGUGCGUUUCCUCCGUACAGUCUGUCCCAACUACACUAUAGCGGCUGGCUAUGGCAACUCGCCGGGCACUGAAGGCUGUUCUCAUUGACCUGAGUGGCACGCUCCACAUAGAGGACGCGGCGGUGCCUGGGGCACAGGAGGCUCUGGCGAGGUUGAGGAGUGCCCCAGUUGCGGUGAAGUUUGUCACAAACACCACUAAGGAAUGCAAGCGGAACUUGCUGGAACGCCUCCACAAGUUAAACUUCGACAUCAAGGAGCAGGAGAUUUUCACCUCACUGACAGCAGCUCGCAACCUGCUGGAGCAGAGGAAAGUGCGCCCCCUGCUGCUGGUAGAGGACAGUGCCUUGGAGGACUUCUCAGGUAUCGAGACAUCAGAUCCCAAUGCUGUGGUGAUCGGACUGGCACCUGAGCACUUUAAUUAUCAGAUGCUCAACAAUGCUUUUCGACUCAUCCUGGAUGGCGCCCCCCUCAUUGCCAUCCACAAAGCGCGGUACUACAAGCGUAAGGACGGGCUGGCUCUGGGGCCGGGCCCGUUUGUCACGGGUCUGGAGUACGCCACCGACACCAAGGCCACCGUGGUGGGCAAGCCGGAGAGGACCUUCUUCCUGGAGGCGCUCAGGGACCUGGGCUGCACACCAGAGGAGGCCAUCAUGAUCGGAGACGAUGCAAGGGAUGAUGUGGGAGGUGCUCAGAACACCGGGAUGCGUGGGAUACUUGUGCAAACGGGCAAAUACAGAGCUGGAGAUGAGGGUAAGAUCAGCCCAGCGCCAUACCUGACCUGUGAGAGUUUCCCUCAGGCAGUGGAGCACAUUCUUCAAACCCUCAAGGCUGACUGACACUUCUGUUGAAGGAGGAGAUUGUGCACAUCCCAGACUCGUACUCCCUCUCCCAGGCUGCAUACUUCUCCUUCAGGUUCCUGGCUGAGGGUUUGGUGUGAGUGAUGACUUCCAGGAAGUCUGCCGUGGUCAC